GUCAAACAAAAACCAAAAACAUUUAUGUGUUGCGAAAAAAAUAACAAUUUAAAAUGAUAAAAUGGAGAUAUUAUUAAGAUUUGUACCUACAAAUCCAUUAAGAUUAACAGCCUCUAGGAUAUUAUUAACUCAUGUAGCUUACUACACCAGACUAGCUGAAGUUGGAAAAUUAGAAGCACCGAAAACAUCGGGCAAAUACGAAACAGGACAAUUAAUUUUGCACAAAGUAUUUGGCUAUAGGGGUGUUAUAUUAUUUCCAUGGUUAGCGAGGGUUUAUGAUCGGGAUGCCACUAAUAAAAAGGAUAGCACGGAGUCCUCGGGUACUACAGACAAUUCGCGAGAUACGCUUUCAAAUGUUGGCAAAGAAGUUAAAGGUAGAACCCACACCUUCUAUCAAGUUCUUAUAGACACCAGAGACGCACCAUACAUAACUGUGCAAACACACUACGACAUGAGACCUGAGUGGAAGAAAAAGAGAGCACAAACUGAGGCAGUUACCUUCUUAGGCAACCAAGAAUCCAGUCGCAGUCUGUAUGCUAUACCUGGUUUAGACUAUGUAGCCCAUGAUGACAUCAUUCCCUAUACAUCUGUAGAACGGGUGCCAUUGCAACACGAGCUUUUUGAUAAAUUUCUUAUGCACAAUCCAGAUAAAGAUCCACCCUUCAUAGCGCAAGAGACGCUUCGAGCUUGGCAAAAGAAGAAUCAUCCGUGGUUGGAAUUGAGCGACGUCCACCGUGAGACCACAGAGGGCGUGCGCGUUACGGUUAUACCGUUUUAUAUGGGCAGUCGCGAAUCACAAAACUCAGCUGUCUAUUGGUGGAGGUACUGCAUACGCCUCGAAAACCUUGGUUCACAAGCUGUGCAGCUCAGGGAAAGGCACUGGCGGAUCUUCUCCUUGAGCGGCACGCUGGAGACCGUUCGCGGGCGCGGCGUGGUGGGACAAGAACCGCUGCUAGCGCGACAUUCGCCCGCCUUCCAGUACAGCAGUCACGUCAGUCUGCAGGCGCCCAGCGGCCACAUGUGGGGGACGUUCAGAAUGGAGCGGGAAGACGGGUACACGUUCGACUGCCGCAUCCCCCCCUUCUCGCUGGAGAGCAAGCCGGACGAGGGCGCGCCCGUGGCGCCCUCCGCCGCCGCGUGAGCGCCGCCGACAUCACAGGAAGCCCGAUUUCAAUUCAAAUAUGGAACAUGUGAUCUUUUAUCAUACCAUAGAGCUCAUGAGCUGAAGUCAUUAUUUUUAGUUUAUCGAUGAUAGAAGAUAUUUAUUAUGAUAGUAAAGCUCCUUAUCGUUGUUACAUCCCUAGGCUGUUUUCAAAAAAUCUUAGUUCUCUUAAUAAAUUUAGAUCUUAAAUAAAUUGCAGUAUUCUAAACAGAA